AUGAAUUCUCCGGGCGGGCGAGGGAAGAAGAAAGGCUCCUGCGGCCCCAGCAGCCCGGUGCCUCCCAGGCCUCCGCCCCCCUCCUGCCCGGCCCCCGCGCCCGCGCGGCCCGCCCCCAGGCCGGCCCCCGGGCCGGAGACGCCGCAUAAGCGGAACCUGUACUACUUCUCCUACCCGCUGCGGCUCGGCUUCGCGCUGCUGCGCCUGGUCGCCUUCCACCUGGGGCUCCUCUUCGCGUGGCUCUGCCAGCGCUUCUCUCGCGCCCUCAUGGCCGCCAAGAGGAGCUCCCCGACCUCGCCGGGCGCGGCCUCGCCCCCGCUGCCGGGGCCGGGCGCGGAGGCCGAGCUCGUCCGAGCCUUCCACAAGCAGGCCUUCGAGUACAUCUCCGUGGCCCUGCGCAUCGACGAGGACGAGAAAGCAGGACAAAAGGAGCAAGCUGUGGAAUGGUAUAAGAAAGGUAUUGAAGAACUAGAAAAAGGAAUAGCUGUCGUAGUUAUAGGACAAGGUGAACAGUAUGAAAGAGCUAGACGCCUUCAAGCUAAAAUGAUGACUAAUCUGGUUAUGGCCAAGGAUCGUUUACAACUUCUAGAGAAGCUGCAACCAGUUUUGCAAUUUUCCAAAUUACAAGACGUCUAUAAUGAUAGUACUAACUUGACAUGCCGCAAUGGACAGCUCCCGUCAGAAAGUGGAGCAGUUCCAAAAAGAAAAGACCCCUUAGCACACCCUAGUAAUUCGCUGCCUCGUUCAAAGACAGUUAUGAAAGCUGGAUCCACAGGUCUCUCAGGCCACCACAGAGCACCCAGUUGCAGUGGUUUACCCAUGGUUUCUGGAGUGAGACAAGGCCCUGGUCCUGCAGCUGCCACUCAUAAGAGCACACCAAAAACAAAUCGAACAAAUAAACCUUCAACCCCUACAACUGCUGCUCGUAAAAAGAAAGACUUGAAGAAUUUUAGGAACGUGGACAGUAACCUCGCUAACCUUAUAAUGAAUGAAAUUGUAGACAAUGGAAUAGCUGUUAAAUUUGACGAUAUAGCUGGUCAAGAAUUAGCAAAACAAGCAUUACAAGAAAUUGUCAUUCUUCCUUCUCUGAGGCCUGAGUUGUUCACAGGGCUUAGAACUCCUGCCAGAGGAUUGCUACUCUUUGGUCCACCUGGAAAUGGGAAAACAAUGCUGGCUAAAGCUGUAGCUGCAGAAUCUAAUGCGACCUUCUUUAAUAUAAGUGCUGCAAGUUUAACUUCAAAAUAUGUGGGAGAAGGAGAAAAGUUGGUGAGAGCUCUUUUUGCUGUGGCUCGAGAACUUCAACCUUCAAUAAUUUUUAUAGAUGAAGUUGAUAGUCUUUUGUGUGAAAGAAGAGAAGGAGAACAUGAUGCUAGUAGACGCCUAAAAACUGAAUUUCUAAUAGAAUUUGAUGGUGUACAGUCUGUUGGAGAUGACAGAGUACUUGUAAUGGGUGCAACUAAUAGACCACAUGAGCUUGAUGACGCUAUUCUCAGGCGUUUCACCAAACGGGUAUAUGUGUCUUUGCCAAAUGAGGAGACACGACUACUUUUACUUAAAAAUCUAUUAUGUAAACAGGGAAGCCCAUUGACCCAAAAAGAACUAGCACAACUUGCUAGAAUGACUGAUGGAUACUCAGGAAGUGAUCUAACAGCUUUGGCAAAAGAUGCAGCUCUGGGUCCUAUCCGAGAACUGAAACCAGAACAAGUGAAGAAUAUGUCUGCCAAUGAGAUGAGAAAUAUUCGAUUAUCUGACUUCACUGAAUCCUUGAAAAAGAUAAAACGCAGCGUGGGCCCUCAAACCUUAGAAGCAUACAUACGUUGGAACAAGGUCUUUGGAGAUACCACUGUUUAA